GUCGUUCCCCACAAAUAUUAAAAGCAUUAACAAUGUAACCGUUUCACGUGGCGGAGAUGAAAUUACCUCUCCUGCUAAUCGGGUUCGUCGUCAUCGCCUCCGUCCAUGAACUCAAGGGGAGACUCGGAAAAAACGGGAGUGGGAUGAAAAAGCGGAAGACUUGGGCUUCGGCUGUUUUUACAACGAACGUCUCAGGAAGCAGAAAUCCUAACUGCAAAUGGUUGAAGGGUGCAAAACACCAGUUUCAAAUGUGUAACAAGAAAAAGGGACUAGAUGCGGUCCUGAUGCAGGCACGAGACUUAGCUGUGCAGUCGUGCCGAGAAAACUUUCGGUAUAAGCAGUGGGAUUGUUCGAACACCAGUCUGUACUUUCAAAAGAACUACCGUGAAACAGCCCUCAUGACUUCGAUAUCCGCUUCCGCUUUGGUUUAUGCGAUAGCGAGAGCUUGUGCGACAGGACAAUUGCGUUUAUGCAAAUGCGCCGCGCACGGUAAAUCCCCCAACGAGACGGAAUGGCAGUGGGGCGGAUGUGGGGACAACAUCAAGUUCGCUAGGAAAUUUACCAGGAGCUUUCUACAAUUGAAGAAGAAAAGAGACGAAGGUGUGAACUUGGAGAAGCAUAAUAGCAGAAUCGGAAUCGACGUAGUUGUAGGCAAAGAGGAGAAACACUGCAAGUGUCACGGGAUUUCAGGAUCGUGCUCGAUGAAAAUAUGUUGGAAAAGGUUGCGUCCUUUCUCGGAAAUAUCUCAGGUUCUGCGAGACGAGUAUCACAGCGCCACCGUGCCGCCCAACUCAACCGCGCUGCAGAAAAAGUACAGGAAACUGCUUUACGUCGACAUCGGCCCCGAUUUGUGUCCGCUCACCUCUGGGAGGCGUUGUUCUGACAUACCGAAUUGUGUUACUUUGUGUUGUGUGAGAGGAUAUUACACCAAACAGGUCCCCAAAAUGUAUGUUUGCAACUGCAAAAUGUUUUCAAACCUUUAUCCUAGUUGUGAAAAUUGCACUACACAGGAAACUGUAUAUAUUUGUAAAUAAUUGGAUUUUCAAAAUAGAUGGCGCCAUCAACAAAAUAAAAUUUAGUUCAAGAAGUAUACAUUGGAUGUCACUACAAAUUAUUUUUAUAAAUGCGA